GAGGAAUCGGAGAGGUACUUCCACUCCCGCCCCAAGAGCAGCCAGAUCGGGGCCGUCGUCAGCCGGCAGAGCACCGUCAUUCCGGACAGGGAGUAUUUAAGGAAGAAGAACACGGAGCUGGAGGAGCGCUACAGGGAUGCGACGGUGCCGAAGGCGGCGUACUGCCGCCUGCGCGACCGUAUUGUCUUCCGACGCCUGCGGGACGGCUCGGCCCCGCUGGGAGACAUGACGCACCGGGGAGAGGGCGAAUGGGUCUUCGAGCGCUUUGCCCCGUGA